GCUUAGUUAUAAACGUCAUAUUCCUUCUAGCAUUUAUUUAUGGACUUUUCGUUUGUUGUUGUGCGGCACCUUUGUGGAUAGUUGUAUUCAGUCCAGCAAUAAUUCUGGUAAUGAUAUAGCGGACAAGUGUAGUAACGCAAUUAAUACAGCUAUAAUAAUAACUGCCAUUAUUUAUGUCAUAUUGGCUAUCACUAUGAUUCAUUAUGCCUUUGUUAUUGCCGCUUACGCUAAAAGUCGUAAGGCUAAAGAAGAAAAUGCUUCUUCAGCGCAAGAAACUUCAACACAUGGUGUAACUGAGAAA